GGCUCAGCAUCUCUUCAAAGUUGAAAGCCUGAAAAACUCUCUUGUCUGUUGGAUAAAAAAACCUUUCUCCUUGUAUCUCUCAAAUCUCUUCGCUGAUCAUCAAAAUUUGAAGUAUGAAGAAACUCUACCGUAGAGGCAUGGUUCAUCCAUCACCAUCGAUCACGACCGAUCAUCUGUCUUUCCUCCCGGCUACCAUAUUAACCCUUUCUGCUGCUCUUUCCCCUGAAGACAAACAAGUCUUGGCCUAUCUCAUCUCUUGUUCCAACAAUGAUUUUGGCAACUUUUCAGGCCGCCGUAAAAACACUCCAAAACCCCAAACUAAAAGGAGUUUUAGCAGCAGCAGUAGUGACCAUGAUCAUCCCCCACUUUUCACCUGCGAUUGUUUCAGGUGCUAUAUGAGUUACUGGGUCAGGUGGGACUCGUCCCCCAAUCGGCAGCUGAUACACGAGAUCAUCGAUGCUUUCGAAGACGAGGUGGCGCAAAGCAAGAAGACGAAGAGCAAGAAAGAAAGGAAGAAGAAAGGCGGUGUUACUGGUGGGUCUUGCAGUUCGAAACGACCCGAUUUGAGCUUACGGAAAGGAGAUUCCGGUGAGUUGAAAACAGUGGAACAGAGCAGUAACAGCGUCGACGGUGGUAAUGGUGGUGGGGAUGAUGGUCAAGAAGGAAUAGAAAAAGGUUCAGUAAGGGGGUUGGUUAGCUUCAUAGGAGAAAGGAUUUGGAACGUUUGGGGCCAAUAAAUCUAGGCGAGAAACAAUAAAAAAAAUGAAAUUUCUCAUCUUUCUUUCUAAUUAAUCCCCCCCCCCUUUUUUUUUGUAUAUUAAGCCCUUUUACAAUGUAAAAAUGGGUAGUUUUUAUCUUAUAAAAGCAUCAUGUUUUUGUUGUUCUUUGAA